CGCAUAGUGUGACGUCUACGUCCUAGCCUGCCGUCCCGUCUUCUGAGUAGCGGCUGAAAGAACCCGUUGACUGCAUUGCGCAGGCGCACACUUACGUCCACUAGUCUAGCGCUUUUGCCAUAUCCACUGUAUAGUGGCUCAAUACCCCCCCCCCCAUCCGAGAAGUGCGCAUGCGCACAGGGCUGUCUCCCGCGCAGUCACUUUGCGCCAAGUGCGCGGUCGCUGUUGGGGGAGGGGAGACGCACGUAAGCAUCCGCGGAAGGAGUGGAGCGCAACAGCGAGCCCGGAAAGGAGCUACGAGCACCCGCCACCUCCCCCACCUUCCUGUGACAAGAGGGCCCGUCAUGGCCGGAGCCCUGAUGCUUCCCGCAGAUCGCAGCCAUUGCAGGAGGAGGGACCGGCGGCCAGUCGGCUAGGCCCCGGAUAGGCCUCGCCACAUCUCCGGAGCAGGGAGCGCCCCCUCACCCCGGACUGCUCUCAUCUGAGGCUUUCUUGUCAGGGUGACGCCGAGGCUGCAGGCCUGCACUCCCUCCUCACCGUUACUCUGUCUCCAGUGACCGCCCUCCAGCCAGCACCGAGCCCCGGGGGCCUGUGUAUUCUUUGCCGUCUGUCCAGCCUCCCGGGCACGGUCAUGGAGACUAAGACGAUCGUGUACGACCUGGACACGUCCGGGGGUCUGAUGGAGCAAAUCCAAGCUCUUCUGGCACCCCCCAAGAGUGAAGAGGGGGAGAAGAAAAGCAGGAAACCUGAGAAAGAGCCCAGGAGAAGUGGAAGGGCCACCAACCAUGACAGCUGUGAUAGCUGCAAAGAAGGAGGGGAUCUGCUCUGUUGUGAUCACUGCCCGGCUGCCUUCCAUCUCCAGUGCUGCAACCCUCCCCUGAGUGAAGAAAUGCUGCCCCCUGGAGAAUGGAUGUGUCAUCGCUGCACAAUACGCAGAAAGAAACGUGAACGGAAGAAGGAACUGGGCCAAGUUAAUGGAUUGUUUGACAGAUAUGGGAGGAGGACUGUGUCGCCCACCAGUGACAUCGAUUUUUCUGAGCGAGCUGCUGGCAGCUUUCGAGCCCUUGCCCAAGCUAAGGUGUUGGAGAGGAGGGUAAGCCGCCCAGGCACCCCUACUUCCAGUGCUAGCACUGAUACACCCAAUUCUGAGCAGAAUGACAUGGAUGAGGACAUGAUUGAUGUGGAUGACGAACCUUCUACGGAGUCUGAUUGCAGUCAUUCUCAGCUAAAGAGACCGUUUCAGCUCCUCAUUGCGGCAGCUAUGGAGCGCAAUCCUACCCAGUUCCAGUUGCCCAAUGAACUCACCUGCACCACAGCACUUCCAGGCACCAGCAAACGGCGGAGGAAAGAGGAAAUGACGGGAAAAAAUGUAAAGAAAGCACAGCAUGAGUUGGAUCACAAUGGCCUAGUUCCUCUACCAGUUAAAGUCUGCUUCACUUGUAACAGGAGCUGUCGUGUGGCACCUUUAAUUCAGUGCGAUUACUGCCCCCUCUUGUUCCAUAUGGACUGUUUGGACCCUCCUCUCACUGCCAUGCCAACCGGCCGCUGGAUGUGUCCCAACCAUAUUGAGCACAUUGUGCUGAACCAGAAGAGUAUGACCCUGAGUAAUCGGUGCCAGGUAUUUGACCGCUUCCAGGACACCAUUUCCCAGCAUGCGGUGAAGCUGGACUUUCUGAGCCGCAUCCAUAAAAUACAUCCACCUAACCGCAGGGUGCUGCCGACAGCCAGGAAAAACACAGUCAAGGUUCCUGAAGCCAUCAAGGCCCAGUACCAAUCGCCUCAGCAAUUACUGCCUCCUGCAGGUAUACGGGAUGGAGAGCUUAUUUGUAAUGGUGUACCUGAUGAAUCGCAAAAGCGUCUACUGCAUUCUGAGCACUUAGCUAACCAAGCAGAGCAACAAGAGUGGCUCCGUAGUGUUGUUGCUCUUCAGUGCAGCAUACUGAAAUACUUAUCUGCUAAGCAGUUGCCAUCCUGGGGAUCAGAUGACGUAGACUUGUUGGAUGUCAAACCGGUCAUUGCACCUGAUGGAUCCAUUUCCAACUCUCACCAGCAUGCUGAUGGCAAGCCUCAGCUUCCUUCAUCUUUGUGUCCCAGCAGUCAGUCUACGACAUUGGAAGAAGAUGCGACUUAUCUGGUGAAACCGCGCCUCUUGGCCAACUCUGGCACUUCCAAUGGACCUGCUGUAUCAGAAUCUAAAUCAAAUGGGCCACAUACUUACAAUGCUAGCCCAAGCCCUAUGGAACAAUUGAUUGACCAUCAAAGGCUAACUGGAGCUAGCACUGGCAUUUCUGUACUUUCCCAGCGGCAAGCACGGCCUCGGUCAGGUACGCCUCCCACAGCGACUGUUCUCCCAAAUCAUGUGCUGAAAACGGAGAGUACGGCAGGAACCACACUCUGUACCCAGAGGCUUCCAGUGCCUGUUGUUACUCCAGUUUCUUGCACCAGUCCUGAAAUUUCUAGCACUUUGUUACGAAAACAUACUCAAACGCAACCUGGACCUCUACUGAGUCAACAGGAUUCACGACACAUGGGGUCACCACUAUCUGGCACCAGGGCACUUACACCUCCGCAGGCUGUUGGUGAUCUCGCCUCUGCAGCACCUGGUGCCUCCAAACUUUGUGCAGCAGCUCCCCCUACAGAUGGUAAAGUGCGACCUAGUGCAUUAAUAAUUGAUGGAACGUCAGUUGGUUCUUCAGCGAUGAUGGAGCUCACAAAUUCUCUCAGAACGCUGAUGGAUGGAAAUGGCGAAAUCCAGAUAAAUCUGCUGGAUGAGAAGCUGGUGAAGUUCUUGGCCAUGCAGAGAAUCCAGGAGAUAUUCUCGUCCAAAGAGCACCCUGUAGCAAGUGCCACCCGUCCGCAGCCAGCUCCUUCCCUCGGGCAUCACGUGGAAGCCCAGAGGAGAGAUGUGCAGGCUAGGGCUGUAUUCUAUCCUCUAAUGAUGGGUGUUGGGGCUCCAGUGAACAUGUGUUACCGGACACUCUACAUCGGCACAGGAGCUGACAUGGACGUGUGCCUUACAAACUAUGGUCACUGCAACUAUGUGUCUGGCAAGCACGCUUGCAUAUUUUACGAUGAGAACACAAAACAUUACGAGCUGCUUAAUUACAGUGAGCAUGGAACGACCGUUGAUAAUGUCCUCUAUUCCUGUGACUUUUCUGAGAAGAUCCUCCCCACCCCUCCCAGCAGUAUUGUUGCCAAAGUGCAGAACGUUAUAAAGCGACGCAAGAGCCAAAAUCCUGAGCCAGAACCAGUUAAGGAAGAGCCUGUAAUGAACUCUCAGGCACAAGGUCCCCAUGCACAGUCAUGCAAUUGCAAAGCCAGCAGCUCUAGUCUCAUUGGGGGAAGUGGAGCAGGCUGGGAAGGCACUGCUCUUCUACACCAUGGUAGCUAUAUCAAAUUGGGCUGCAUUCAGUUUCUCUUCUCUAUCACGGAGUUUGCAACAAGGCAGCCCAAGGGUGAGAGCGAAGCCUUAGCACAAGACCUGGAUUUAGAAGACAAGCUCUCUUUGAAGUCAUCCCACCAGGUGCCCGUUUUACGAUCGAACUCUGUCCCUUAGGAGAUAAACACUAGAACUCUAACGAGACAAAGAACUCUUCCUAAAAUACGACCUACUCGUCAGAGCAAACAUGUCCAGCGGCCUCCCGGAACCCCAUGUUUUGGCCAGAAAGAGUUUGCACAUUUGCAUGAUAUGAAGAAACAUCACGUUUUAUUUUUGUUUUUCUUCUCUGCUCAUUUUUAAGGGCAAUUGCACAUAUAUUUCUAUCAUACAUUUCAUAUAUUAUAAAUAUAUAUAUAAAUAUAUAUUUUUUUUUAUUGUAAGACUCAAGACAGCAACCCCAUCUGUAGUGAGUAUUCCCGGACAAAAUAACAGAUUUUGGACACAAGAGAAAGUGAAUUUAGUUUGUUUUAUUUUCUUUAUGCUAUUGUAAAUUAAUCAGACACAACUAACUAAUAUUUGUGCCAGUGACCGGUUUAUACAGAAAAACCAUUUCAGUUUUCCAUGAUAAUUAUUUAUCUGCUUACAAGUGUCCCACUUCUUCAAAACCCUCAGUAUGACCACAGCUGCAAUAAAAGCAUCUUCAUCAUAACGGCAAGUACAGCGUUCAGAAUUUUGUACAUACACAACAGAUGGCCGACAUUUUGCCCUGAUUUUUUAUUUUUAACAUUUUUUAAAUGUAUACAGUGCAGCGUGUGAUAUGCCUUUUGGCUACUGUCUGUUGUAAGUAACAAAACAUUUUGUUGUACACUUUUGUCCCUUUUUUGUUUAUUUUUAAUGUAAUACUGCCACUUCUUCUUGAGGAGAUUGGAUGAGCUAGAUUAAUGUAAAUAUAAUUGUAUCGUUUUAGAUUUUACAAAACCUUUUUUUCCUGUACUCUGUGUAUAUAUAUACAUAUAUAUAUAUAAAAAGUUGAUUCUUUCUGA